AAAGCGAUGAUGAGAUCUGUUUAUCUAGAGGCUAAAUGGCUGCGACAGAAACUAACUUUGAGAGAGUUGUGCAGAUGACCCUUAUGAAUUCAUAUUCACGCUAAUUGUCCUUCUCCCAUUUCUGGCCUAAAUUACAGCCCUAGCAUUCGAGAACGAGCCGUCUUCUUUCACAAUCUCAGCAGUCAGCACUCUGUAGUUGCCUUUCCCUGCGGCUGCCAUUUUUCGCUCUUCAUAUUCGCUUUCUCUCUAUCCUCACUGUUCUUAAUCCUUAUUUCUUUACACCAACUAUCAUGAUUUCGUUCUCAGACCUUGUUUCAGGUUGGUUUGUUAACCAUAUUGGUGGAAGCUCGAGGUCACCAUUUAUUCCUCGUUCAGGGAGUAGUAACAGUAAUUUUAAUACUGGCAUCUGAGUCCCUUAUUCGAGAUUUCGGGUUGAGGAUGCUGAGAUUAGCGCGAUAUGAAUUCGAAGGAGACGCGCUCUAAUGAUUCGUCCUCUAUCAACAGUCUCACGUCGUUUUCAGCCUUUCUCUACAGGCAUUGCUUCAAAACCCUCGCAAGCAUUCACUUCCGCCACCCGUUCGACAAAAUGUCUGGCCCAAGUUAAAGAGGCAGAGGAAGAAGCUGCAGGUCAACCUAUAGACUCUGUUCAAGUUUUCAGGAAAUGGGGUUGUAAUGAUGAUGAUUUAGCCAGAAUUUUUGAACGGAACCCACAAUUGCGCAAAGCUGAUAUUGCCCUGCUUCAAGCGAAUCUCUCUGUGCUUAGUCGCUUGGGGCUAAAGGCACCUGACUUGGUAAGGAUAAUCAAUUGUAGGCCUAAGUUUCUUCUUAUUAGUCAAGUUCAUCGUUAUUUUGAUGAUAGAUUUGUAUAUCUUAAUUCAUUGUUUGAGUCGAAGGAAUUGCUUAAGAGAGCCAUCGUGACUAACCCUUCUCUCCUAACCUUUAAUUUUAACUCCAUUGAACCUGCUCUUGCAAAAUAUCAAGAAUUGGGUGUAAAGAAAGAAGAAUUUCUUGCCUUGAUCUGUACCCGGCCCACAAUAAUUCCAAGGACUUCAUUUAAUGAGGAGAAGCUUGAAUAUAUACGAAAGACAGGGCUUUCCCCGAAUUCAAAGUUGUAUAAAUAUGUGGUUGCAAUAGUCGGCGUCUAUCGUAUGGAAACAAUUGAUGAGAAGUUAACGAAUUUUGCCAACUUUGGAUUCUCUGAUGAUGAGAUAUUUGAGCUUAUUAGGCGGCAUCCUCUUGUCAUGACACUGUCAAUCGAGAAGAUUCAGAGGAAUAUGACCUUCAUAUUGACCGCAAUGAAGUUUGAUGCUAAAACUGUUCUUGAAAUCCCGCGUCUCCUGUUUAUAAAUCUGGAUACGUUGUUGAGGCCAAGAGUUCUCCUAGUAAGGAGGUUACAGGACAUGGAUGUUAAGUUAGAAUUUACACACCGUUCAAUAAUUCGCGCUUUGAGGAUGAAAGAGACUAGGUUUGUUCAGUUUUUCAUUGAAAGCCAACCUAAGGAAGUUGCCAAUGAGUUAAUGGAGUUCUAUACCAAAGCGAAACAAAUUAAGAGUCUAGCAGGGUCAAGAAAGAGGUUUAUUCAAAAAGGCUUUCCAUUUUGAAUUGAGAUCACAAGUUCACAACACAUAUCUGAUGCGUCUUUCACUGGUUCAACAUGGACUGGGUUUUCUUGGAAACAGGAGUGUCAGUUUUGUGUUUCAUCUGGCAGUUUCGAAUUUGUUCCUUCCUUAUGAUGCUUGAUGGUGAGUUGGCAUUCAGGAUAUUGUUGGUGAAAAAAGUGCAUAUUGGGCUUCAAGGUGGGGGAAAUAGUAAAAUAUAGCUUGGAGGAGUACACCGACCGCACUUAAACUUGAUUGAGAUGCAUCCAGGUUGAUGAAAUUCUAGAUGAAUGAACUUGGAAUUGCUCCAUGACAGAGUGCUUCAGGGUAAACCUGAACGAUGAAGCUGAGUGAUAAGAAGCCAGGUUUUUUUUUUUUUUUUUUUUGCAUAGGUGCUCUUACUAAACGCAAUCUUGUUCAAGGUAUGUUAGGUAUUAAAUGUGAGCACAUCUUUCUCAGCAGGAAUUCAAACCAAUUCUUGUUAAAUCCAAUUCUUGUUGUACCAAUUUAUUAUUAUUAUUAUAAUUAUUAUUAUUUUUGAAUGCGUUGAGAUGUUCCUAUUGAGCUGCACAAUAGAAAGCCAUUUGAAUUUUUAGGUCGAUGGGAUAUGACCUUUCCUCUGACACAAGAAACUUCAUCUUCAUGUCUCUAGUGUUCUCAUAAAUUGUUUAGAAGUAUGGAAUGUUGCUUAUUGGUUUUUCCCCCUCUUCUGAUGGAGAUAUGUUGUGAUUCUAGCAGCGUAACUUGCUGUCGUUCAAUAUAACUAUGCAACAUGGAUUAAAAACUGUGGACUGUACUGGAUCUAAGCAAGCUAUUAUUAGACUUCCUUUGAUGUCUGAUCAAGUAACUCAAUUCAAUU